AUGUCAUCAACUUGUCGAAGCUCGCUGAGGGCGGUCGUCCGUAUUCCGUACCCCAUUACCGCACCUAAAUUCUACGCUGUCGCCAGCGACGUUGCCACUCUAGAGUUCCUGCGUUCCUAUGAGUUACCAGUUCCCAAUAUAUAUGGCUACUCGCCCGACUCAGACAACACCACUGAAACCGAGUACAUCUUCAUGGAGUUCGUUCGAGGUUCCAAACUCAGCGACAUCUGGCCUAGCCUAGACUACCAGGAGGUCAUCUCCGUCGUCCGCCAGCUCACUCAACUCCAGUCGGUUAUGAUGUCGUUGUCUUUCCCCGCUGACGGGAGCUUGUACUUUACCAAAGACCUGGAGAAGAUUGCCAUGGGGCCGAGCAUACCGCUGGAGGACGGGCGUUUCUGCGUUGGUCCAGAUACAAUACUACCUCUCUUGUACGGGAGAAGGUCAAAGUUCGACGUGAAUCGGGGACCCUACUUUAGUGCCGAAGCAGCUUUCGUAGCAGGAGCCCGCAAGGAACUUGCUUACCUGAAGCAAUUCGCGCGAAGGGGGGCUGGUUAUCAGUACCAGGAGCAGUCGCCGUCGGCCCACAUUGAGAACUUGAAUCUUUAUCUCCUCAUCGCGUCGUUACUCCAGGGCAAUAUUGUCGUGUCGAGGUCGCCCGGCUCUGACUGUCAAGUCGUCGGCCUACUCGACUGGCAACAUGCCUCCAUCCUGCCCACGUUUCUCCUUGCCGGCGAAUGCAAAAAGCUCCACUAUGCUACCUUUACUGACCUCAUAUACGCGCUCCACAGCCGUCUCUUCCAACACGCUGAGCUUGGGCUCAUACAGGCAACGGAGAGGUGGAGCGCGCUUACGGGAGGAGUCCUGCCGUGUCCAGUCGAGUUCGACGCUGAGGACGUACGCGAGACGAGGAAGCUGAAUGAAGUACAGGCAACAGCAGACAGGUUUUUUGAGAUGUGGCAGAACAUGGUCGGCCUCGGGGAGAAGGGUUGUGUGUUGACUGAGGACUACGAGGAUGCCGUGGCGUUCUUCGAAAAGAAAAAGGAGGCAUUGGCAGGUACCAAGUCGGCGGAGGAACGGGCGGAGAUCAUGGGUCACUGGCCCUGGGACGACAUGGAUGAAGAGAAGGAUUUGUAA